AUGAAUAAAAGUGGAUUGGAAAAUGGACCAGUCUCAGUCUCAAAAAAUCUUGUAAUCAAUUCAAAACGAUUAUCUGUUAGUGAAACAACACUUCAAUAUAAUCAAAAGAAACAAGCUCAAUCAGUUGGUGAUUCUGAAAUACCACAAGUAUUUACUGACUCUCCAAAUAGGUCAGAAAACCCAGGACUAAUUAAUAUUAAAAAUAAAUUAAAUAAUAUUGAUAUUGAAGAAGAAGAGCCACCACCUAUUAGAAGUCAUCAAUUAUCAUAUUCUCAUUUUCCACCAAAACUAACAACAAAUACAUUUGAUAGUGAUGAAUUUAAUCCAGUGGAAAUAAUUUGA